AUGGUGCGAUUAUCGCCAUCAGGAAGUCCGGGGCGAUGGCUCGCAGCGGCCGUCACGGCAAGCUGUUUGCUCCAGAUCGCGCAUGCAGAGACGCCUUACAAGAUAGGCACGCCAGACGAGAUUCGCGAGUCGGCACGGGGCCUGGCAUACGAUUUGAUGCUUCAGUACAAAGGCAACCAGACCGGUGAAAUCCCGGGCAUUCUACCAGGGCCGCCGACAGAACACAAGGGCGACUACUACUGGUGGGAAGGAGGAGCCAUGAUGGGCACGUACGUCGACUACUGGUUCUUGACGGGCGACACAAGCUACAAUCACGUCAUCUCGGAGGGAAUGCUGCACCAGGUCGGGCCGAACGCCGACUACAUGCCGCCGAACCACACCGCGUCGCUGGGCAACGACGACCAGGGAUUCUGGGGCAUGUCGGCCAUGCUCGCGGCCGAGAACAAGUUCCCGAACCCGCCAGAAGACAAGCCGCAGUGGCUCGCGCUCGCGCAGGCCGUCUUCCACACGCAGGCGGCGCCCGACCGGCAUGACGAGACGUGCAACGGCGGGCUGCGGUGGCAGGUGCCGCCGACGAACGCGGGCUACAACUACAAGAACACGAUCGCCAACGCGUGCUUCUUCAACCUCGGCGCGCGGCUGGCGCGCUACACGCGCAACGACACGUAUGCCAAGUGGGCCGACAAGACGUUCCAGUGGCUGUGGGACGUGCAGUACAUCGACCACAAGGACUGGAAGGUGUACGACGGCGGGCACGUCGAGCACAAUUGCACCGACAUCAACAAGGCUCAGUUCAGCUACAACGCGGCGCUGCUGCUGCACGGCUCGGCCUUCAUGUACAACUACACCAACGGCAGCCAGGUGUGGAAGGACCGCGUCGACAACCUGCUGGACGGCAUCCUGCGCGACUUCUUCCCGGAUGGCAUCGCCUUCGAGCUGCCGUGCGAGGGCCGCCAGGGCGCCUGCACCGCCGACAUGCUGAGCUUCAAGGGCUACGUGCACCGCUGGCUGUCGGUCGUGACCAAGGUGGCCCCCUACACGCGCGACACCAUCCUGCCCGUGCUGCGCACGUCGACCGAGGCCGCCGUCCGCCAGUGCACCGGCGGCGAGACGGGUCGCCGCUGCGGCUUCUACUGGUCCGGCGGCGUCUACGUCGACCCGGCCGUCGACAAGACCAGCGGCGCCGGCGAGGCCAUGAAUGUGUUGGCCGCCGUGUCGAGCCUGCUCAUCGACAACGCCCCCGCCCCGGCCACCAACGAGACCGGCAUCAGCAAGGGCGACCCAAACGCCGGAAGCCGCAGUAGGGGCGUGUCGGAGCCGCUGGAGCCCAUCACGACGGGUGAUCGCGCCGGCGCUGCUAUAUUGACCAUGUUGAUCCUGGGGGGUGCGGUUGGGACCUGGAGUUGGAUGAGUUUUGGGGAUUGA